AUGACAACUACCAAGCCAGAAACACGGGCUUUCCUCGGACGAGUGGGGAUGUUUUUCACGCCUGAGCACUUCACCGGCUUUAGGACAUCGAGGACAAUUAAGAAAUGCCACUUGCCGAUGGCAGAUAUCGACCGAGCAGUGGAGAUGGGGAAGAUGGAACUGUGCCCCGCAGCCGACAACAUCGAGGGUAAGCACCUCCCAGAAGGAGUACACGGCGUUAACGUUUUCGCAGUACCGGAAAUGAAGGGCAGGAGACGACUCAUCACCGAACCGCACCUAAACGCGUGCCUCCAGACGAGCGACAUGCCGAAAGUCCAGUACCCAACGCGCCUAGAGCGAAGGCAGAGUUUGCGGAACAAGCGGUACAUGCUUCAAGUGGAUUUCGAAGCGUACUAUGACGCCACCCCGCUCCCUGGUGAGUUGCGAAACUUCUUUGUCUUUCGCGCCCGCAACGGCGCCUACUUCCGUCUCUGCACACUGCCUACAGAAGCACGGUGGAGUGUCGCAGUGGGUCAGGGUAUUACGUCAACAAUAGUCGACGUCGAUACACCAGUAACGAUCAUGACUAUGAUUGACAAUAUCUUGAUUGCAGCGGACGAAGGACAGGAAGAGGAUUUUGUGUCGGCUGUCCGCCGGAUUGUGGCGCGUAUACGCGGCGCCAACCUUCUCACAUCGCCUGAUCGCGAAUCCUUAGCAACCAUGGACGACACGUCAUUGUUGUCGUUGGCUAAGGAACCGAACACGGUCUUUCUCGGGGAAGAGUAUAGGUGGAACGGUAGCGAGCGCUUAGUGCGCAACUCGGCGAAGAGUGUGGCGAAGUUGAUCGUCGCGUUACGAAAGCCCGCCUUCACAAUUCGGUCCUUUGCGUCGGUGGUGUCGCUCAUGUUUUACAUGUUGCACACCACACUGAUCAACCCUGCACGUGCAUUCAGCCUGGCACGGGCCUACCGAGGGGCGGCCCGCCUGGUUAGCCGAGGGUUCGAUUGGGACGACCCACUCCCUUUCCUCCAUCCACAAAUCCACGCCGCCCUGCACGAGCUUGGAGCCCGCUUGGUGCACAACCCGUGGCAACCCAUCGCCAGGGAACGCUCCGCCACGUACUCGGAAGACAACUACGACGUGGUGUGCUUCACGGACGCCUCCUUAGGCGGGUGGGGCGCGUACGCCCACAAACACCUGCGCAACACGUCAAGGGAGGCAGGCUCCGUCGGGCCACUCGAUGGCGCUGAGAGCAUCACCGCAUAUCAGCAGAUGUGGGUGAAUGAGCUCGAGCAGACCCGGUUGCCACGGGCACGUGCACCCCUUCGGGGCCGCGACUCCGCGGAAACUGACGACCGACCGUACUUCAUGGCCAAGCACUCGGCGCACGCUGAACCGCGCGCAGCCGAGUUGAUGCUGCGGCAACUCGUCGAGGAGGGUUUACCGGACGGUGCGAAGAUAGCGCUGGUAACGGACCAUUUUCCCAUCGUACACGCCCAAAAGCAACUCAACGGUUUCGGAGGGAUAGGCCGAGGGCUGUCUCUGAACAAACUGUACGAGUACGCCUAUGACGUGUUCUACGAACGAGGGAUCAGCGUUGUCUUUUUCUACAUCGCCGGACCAAUGAACCCCGCGGAUACGUUGUCGAGGAACUUUGGGGAUUUCGAGCCGAGGCAGCGUGGGAGCCUGGCUCGCACGGUCGUAAACGAUGUGGCCUUGCCUUUGCUCUGCAACACGUUCUCUCCGCUCUGUGAAGGAAAGGCAGAAGUGCAGGACGGAUGGGCACCGUAA